AUGUUGGAUAGUUUCGAAAUCAUUACGACGUCGGGGGUGGUAGUGUGGUCGCGAACCUACGCACCAAUUAAGCCCUCCAUCGUCAACAACUUUAUCGCCGAUACCUUCAUCGAGGAGAAGAGCGGCAGCUCCGCCAUCCAGGAUUCCCAGUCCGCCUCGGUGAACCCCCCCUACAAAAACGACCAGCACACGUUAAAAUGGACAAUUGUCAAGGAAUUGGGUGUUAUAUUCGUUGCUGUGUACCGGUCGCUCCUCCACCUGAGCUGGGUCGAUAAGCUCGUCGACAACAUCAGAACCAUCUUCGUCAGCCUCUACGGCGACCAGCUAAAGAAGCCCCAUACUACGAUCGUGGAAUUCGGCACCAACAAGUUCGACGAGUAUUUCGACCAGCAGCUGCAUGAACUCGACAAGGCCAGCGGCAUCGACGCCACGGGAGUCCCCGAGAUCCAGCUCAACUCGAGCCUGAAUGACGAGCCGCUGAGCGCACCCAGCCUAACGUACCGCGGUCGCAACAUCAGCCAAGGCGGCUUAGAUGCGACGUCGAACGGAUCGUCGCCCCCGGCCUCCCCCAGCGCAUCGCGCCCUUCUACCCCCAGCAACAAUCUACUCGUCGCAAAGGCGAGCCCCGCCGCUCGGCUCUCCAGACGGGCGAGGAAGAAGAACAAUGCGAAUGCGCCCCUGCUCUCGUCUGGAGAUGAGGGCCCAGGUGGCCGAUCAAAGAAGGCACCCAAGAAGGGCCGCAAGUGGGAUCACGACGGUAUGGCAGAUGAGGAGGACGACGUGCAGCUGGACUACUCCGCCCAAACCAAUCCGCUGAGCGACUCCGAGGCCGAGGCGACAGCCCGAUCAUCAGCUCUGGAGCACGUGGACUCGUCAACGUGGGGUUCCACGACCAAGGGCAAGUUCGUGCUCAAAGACCUGGGCGACGAAGUCCACGAUAUCCUGGCAUCUGCCGAGGCCUCUCAGGCCGCCAGCUCCAAGAACGGGACCAAGGGCGGUCUCUUUGGCUCCGGUAUCAACGCCGUCAGUGGGCUGUUCCGAAAUGUCGUCGGUGGCAAGACCCUCACAAAGGAGGAUCUCGACAAGGCUAUGAAGGGUAUGGAGGAACACCUGCUGAAGAAGAACGUUGCCCGAGAGGCCGCCGUGCGUCUAUGCGAAGGUGUGGAAAAGGAGCUUCUGGGUGUCAAGACGGGAAGUUUCGAGAGUAUCAACGCGAGGAUCCAGACAGCAAUGGAGGCUUCGCUCACAAAGAUGCUCACGCCAACCUCAUCAAUGGAUCUCCUGCGGGAAAUCGACGCCGUCACAGCUCCCCCAGUCACCUCCCUCCGCUCGCGCCGACCCUACGUCAUCUCAAUCGUGGGCGUAAACGGCGUCGGCAAGUCCACCAACCUGUCAAAGAUCUGCUUCUUCCUGCUCCAGAACAAGUACAAGGUCCUCAUCGCCGCAGGCGACACGUUCCGCUCCGGCGCCGUCGAGCAGCUCGCCGUCCACGUCCGCAACCUGAAGGAGCUCACCGCGCGCGAGGGCGGCGGCGAGGUCGACAUUUACCAAAAGGGCUACGGCAAGGAUGCCGCCGCCGUCGCCAAGGACGCCGUCGCUCACGCCGCCCAGACGGGCUAUGAUGUGGUCCUCAUCGACACUGCAGGCCGCAGACACAAUGACCAGCGUCUCAUGUCCUCGCUUGAGAAAUUCGCCAAAUUUGCUCAGCCUGAUAAGAUUCUCAUGGUCGGCGAGGCCCUCGUCGGUACCGACUCCGUCGCUCAAGCUCGAAACUUCAAUGCUGCAUUUGGCUCCGUUCGGACCUUGGAUGGCUUCAUUAUUUCCAAGUGUGACACAGUGGGCGACAUGGUCGGCACCCUGGUCAGUCUUGUCCACGCGACCAACGUUCCUGUUCUCUUUGUCGGAGUUGGCCAGCAUUACUCGGAUUUGCGAAACUUCUCUGUGAAGUGGGCUGUCGAGAAGCUCCUCAGCAGUAGCUAG